AGAACGGAAGAGACACUGAGUGGGAGUACGAAUGGAAAACAACAAGCUCAAACAAACUAUCAAAGCAAAAUGAACACAGUAUUAGAAAUGUUUCUGCAUCCCACAGUGGAACCUACAUGUGUAAGGGCAGAAUGAAAAGUGCACAGCAGUCUUCAACAGAUUGGAGUGAGGCCAUCACAUUGACAGUAGCAGACAAUAAACCUCAGCCUGUCCUCACUGUGUCUCCAUUAUGGCUGAGUCCUGGAGACUCAGUAACUCUGAACUGCAGUGUUACAGAUCCGUCUGCAGGAUGGAGGUUCUACUGGUAUAAGGCUGUUCCCAUACUGGCAGACAACUACUACAGUUAUGAGCUGCUACCUGGCAGCAUCAGUGGGACUGAACAGGAUUCCUACAUCGUUCAUGGACAGACACACACAGCAGGAUAUGUGUGCAGAGCUGGAAGAGGAGAUCCAGUGUUUUACACUCUGAACAGCGAACAUAAGUUUGCCUGGUCUGGAGAUGUUCAUUCAUCAGCGUCUCUCACAGUGAGUCCUGACACAGUGCAACACUUCACCUCUGAGUCUGUGUCACUGAACUGUAAAGGAAACUCUACUGAGUGGAGAGUGAGGAAGUUUACUGAGAAGAGCUACCUAGCCUCCUGCUCCAACUGGGGGACAAUGACUGGAUCCACAUGCAACAUAGGCCGUAACUGGCAUAGAGAUACCGGUGUGUACUGGUGUGAGUCUGGAUCAGGAGAGUUCAGCAACGCAGUCAACAUCACUAUACAGGAACAACACAUUAUCCUGGCGAGCCCCGUGUAUCCUGUGACUGAGGGAGAUUCUGUUAGUCUGAGCUGCAAAUUGAGAAGGCAACAAUUUGCUUUGAAUGUGUUUUUCUAUCGAAAUGGCGAACUCAUCCAAAAUGACACCAGAUGGGAGCUAAAUAUCUCUGCAGUGUCAAAGUCAGAAGAAGGCUUCUACAAGUGCAAAUACUCACAACAAGUGUCACCGCAGAGUUGGAUGUCAGUUAAAGCAGGGUCCAGGCCUGAAGGCUCGUCAUUUCCUGUAGAGUUCGUUAUUAGGCUGGUGUGUGGAAUCAUACUACUUCCUCUUCUGCUCCUUUUGUAUUGCUACAAACCGUCCAAAGAUUCAUGCUUCAUCAGGCCGAUCCAGUCUGAGAGCACCGAUCGGGGCUCCGCCAGAAGUCACGUGGUCUACCAGAAUGAGGCUGAACCCAAUGAAUGUUCCUCUCCUCUCAAUGAUGCAGCUGAUUCCCAGAAUGUCACCAAUUCUUUGAUUGAACUGAAAGACAUUGGAAAGAAGCGGAAGCAGCAUGAACCAGAGGAGAGCGUUGAUUACUCUGAUGUAACGACAGAAACUGCAGGUCUGUAAAGAGAGCCGCAUCGACAAAUGGUUGAGAGCAUUUCAUGAAAGUCUUGUGUGCACCCCAGCUAUCCACAUAUUAGACAUGCUCAGUAUGUUGUACAGUUAAAUGUGUUAGUAAAUUAUAUCAAAUAAUCACAUCAUGUGGAUUUAAUUGCUCUCAGCACAAGCACAAGACUAUUGAUGCAUAUUUUCAUUUAGUAUUUAUGCUCUGCAGUAUUAUUAAUAAUGAUAUGCUUCAUUUUGUUAUUUUUUAUUGAAGUUGUAGGAAUUUGAGCUUUAGUAACCAGCUGUGCAGCUUUAAAGUCGGCAUCGUUUUCUGUGUUGGAUGAGAAAGAUCCAGAACAUCAGUGUUUACUUUA